GGUUUAAUGUUUUUGUUAUGCCUACUUACCAGGGAUGAAAAUGAGCACCACCCAAAUGCUGGUAAAAUAUGAAUGGCUGGUGGAUUUCAGUAAUUUAAUAUUGAUUGGCUGGUAAAUUUGACCAAAAAUCUGCCGGUGUCUAGUAGAUGUACACACUUUCGAAUUUUUAAUUUCCACCCUAUGCUACCUACCAUAUCUUGUAGGGGUAAAACGGUACACAAAAAGCACAGUUUGGUUAAUACCUCAGUUAUGAAGUCACAGUUGAUAUAAGCCUGAUAUUUUUGAUGCACAAUGCGAAUAGUAUUUUUAAAAGGGGUCAAAUGUUUCUUGAUGUUAAUUGACUUAACUGACAAUAUGGUCUGCUACUUAAAAUGUUUGAGAACUUGAAUUUGACACCUGGUCCACAAUCAUGUCUACUGUUUAUUACUGUUAAAGACUGCAUUUGGUACAUGUGGUAUGCAUCUGUAUUGAAAGUUUAUUAAACUGUUCAGUAUGAAUGUGUGUACUUAUACACCCCUAAUAUCUAUUCUCCUAGCACUACAAGAUGGCCUAUACAGAACUAUUGGCAGGAUGCUGGCUGUGGCUUUCAUCCAGGGGGGCUUGCCUGUUCAUUUUUUUUCUGAUAGACUUUAUAGUCAAAUUAGUGGACUACCAUCCCCAAAAUACAGAGUAGAAGAUGUAGUGGAUUAUGACAUUAGAUCAAUAUUGGAGAAGAUAAGUAUGGCUGGAACCGUGGAGGCUGCAAGGUUGGAGGUGAUGGCUGCAGCAGAGACCCUGGGUGUGAUGGGCGCGCUGAAGUUCAUUAAUAACCUUGAGGACCGAGAUGUCGUUGUCCAAAUUGCCCUUCAGUUUUAUUUAGAAGACCGACUUGCCCAGGCUCUUACACAGUUUAAGGAGGGCCUUUUGACAUUGGGGCUCCUUGAUGAGGUGAUGUGCAACCCAAGAGCCUUCCAAAGAGCCUUUACACAACCUCCACUCCCACUGACAGCCACCGACCUGGCCAACCUCUUCACCCCAACGCUGUCUCCAGUGGGCAGCAACAGAAGAAGAUUAGAGAACUGCACUAUUGCCCACUGGAGGGAUUGGUUGUUGGAAGUGGAAGAAGGUAACAUGGACCAUGUUCAAGUAGAGGAUGUACUCGUCUUCUGCAGUGGAGCCUCCCGAGUGCCACUUUCUGGCUUCCCGGAGCCACCAAUGCUGGACUUUUUCCUUGUUACAGACUCCAACAGUUUACCUCUUGCAAACACGUGUUCAGUCACACUAAGGCUACCUCUGCAUUCUAAUUAUGCUAAUUUUUCAAGGGCAAUGCAGCUGGCUGUGGCUUGCUCAGGGGUAUUUGGCUGUGCGUAAGGGAGGGAGGAGGGGGGGAUUGACUCCCACAAUUUUUCUUUUCUGAAAGUGUGUGUUUGAGGUU